UUCGAAUGAUUUACUGUUCUCUGGCAAUCAUCACAAUGAAAGUUUCAGUUCUGCUUUCGCGAUAAGACGUUUAAUCGAACGCUACCCCAUGUCUAGAGAUAAUUGAGAUAGAAACAUUUGGCUGGAUAACCACUCGAACGUCAAACCUAAAGUAUAUUCUUAAUUCACAUCAGUCAUGACUCAGCUUCAUUUCCGCAUUAUUAUCAUCCCUCGAGCUGAUGAAGAACCAGAUACAAACGCGCUCAGAAAAUACGUGGAACAGUGUGGUCUCGUAGUUCAAACCGUAAAGCGAGUUCAACUGGAAAAAGCUAAACAACCUCAUUUCCCUGAAAUACUUGAGUACAUUGUAGAUAUCCGAGCUGAAAAUCAACUGGUUAUAUCUAACAAUAAUAAGACCCAUGUGUACAAAGAUCUCAUAUUCAAGUGGUGUAGAGUCACUCGCUCAAUAUGUAUUGAACGCCCGCUGCUACAAUUUUCUGACAAUGAAUGCUUCGUUCGAAAAAGAGUAUCUUGCCAUUCUAAGCUCAGACUUCAAAAUAUAUCUUUUGGAGUUCAGGCUUCUUUGGGAGAAUAUGUUUCGUACGCAAGUAUUGGUGAAGAUUCAACUGCUACUUUAUUUCAUGACCUUAAAGAACUAGAAAUCGUAACCGAGUCAUCCGUUGAAGAUCUUGGUAUUUUUAGUCAAGAAAUCAAAUAUAGCUUAAAAAUUCAAUAUAUUCAUAUCAGAAAUGUUAUUGUAUCCGUUGAUGAUGAAUUUUUUGAACUCUAUCUGGAUCUUCUGCAUCCCCCUUUGUUUUUUAAAGAAACUGUGAAACGAAACCUUUUGCGUGAUUUUAGAGAAGAACGUCGUUUGCUUCCAUUUAAAGCAGACAGAUUGGUGAUUGGCAAAUCUAAUGUAGUGCGUUUGAAAUUCCAUUUUGUGGCUUCAUUUUAUAAAAUAUUAAGUUGUUUGAGAUACCGCUCUGACAAGAUACCUAUACAUUUCAUCAAAAUGAAUGUUACAUGUAAAUCGCCACCUAUUGCUCCAUCAUUGAAUCUUAACCAUUUUGGUUGUACAUACAUGUGGACAGCUAUCACCAAUCGUACUUUUCUCAUUCUUGAACAGACUGUCGAUAUCAGAAAAUCAUUGGAUACGCUUAUACGUUAUUCCUUGCAAAGUAAAGAGUCUCUGGAAAAGGUUCUGACAACGCUUUUAUUCUUGGUGGAUACUGGAAGGUUUUUGAAUUACUGGCAUGUCAUCGACAAAUUGUUUGAGCAUCAUGUUUCUAUUCAGAAAGAUGAUUCAUUUAAAGGUAUUUCUGUCCCCCAGAAAUGCCGUCUAAUACGUAGAAUUGUUGUAACUCCAACAAGGAUCAUGCUUUGGCCAGCCGACUUAAUGUGUGAAAAUCGGAUUUUGAGAAACUUCGAUUCCGAGUUUUUCUUGAGAGUCACAUUCAGAGAUGAUGAUUUUAAUCAAAUGAACUUUCGAUUGUAUGAUCCGUCUGUGUUUCAAACUGUGGUUUCACAGCCUGUUAAUUCAGGGAUACUGAUAGAAAACAGACAUUAUCAACUACUAGCGUGGUCUAGCUCCCAAUUAAGAGAACAUGGAAUUUCUAUGUAUGCCAAGGAUUCCAGAGGCAUAACUGCCCAUGAUAUUCGAAAGUGGACUGAAAUCAACCCCAGGACAAAAAUGAACAUACCCAAGUGCUUGUCCAGAAUCGGACAGUGUUUCUCCCAGACUGAGGACACAGUGCAUAUUCCUUUAGAUGACGCAAACGUUAGAUUUGAAAGGGAUGUUGAGGGAGGCUUUGAUCCUAUGUCCGGGAAACCCUACAUCUUUUCCGAUGGCAUUGGUAGAAUUUCAACGAACUUAGUUGAAAAAGUUAGAAAGACCUUCCGGCACAAUACUGAGUGCAGUGCUCUUCAAAUACGGUACGGUGGCUGCAAAGGCAUGCUUGUGCUUGAUCCAACAUUAAGAGGAGCAGAUAUUGUUUUUAGGGAAAGCAUGCGAAAGUUCGAUUGUCGAGGCCAGGAUCACACGAAAUUGGAAAUAGUUAAGAAAAGUGGUCCAAUUCCUCUACGGUUAAAUAGACCUCUGGUUGCCAUACUUCAUGAUUUAGGAGUGAACCCCAGAGUGUUCCUGCGAUUGCAACAAAUCAUGCUUCAGAACCUCAUUGACAUGCUCUUGGAUGAAGGAAAAGCUGCGAAUUACUUGAACAUUCGCACUCCUUUUUCGAUUUUCAAAUUUAAGGAACUUACUGCUUCCGGAAUCUGUUUGACACAGGAACCAUUUUUUAGAACUCUCUUGUUGUCUCUGCACAGAUAUUAUAUAGACUUAAUCAAAACCAAGGCCAACAUUGAUGUUGAUCCUGACUAUGGAAGAAACAUGUUUGGCGUACUGGAUGAAACGGGAAUAUUGCAAUAUGGCCAGGUUUUUGUGCAGUAUUCUACUGAUGUUACUGUAGGCAGAACAACUCCUGAAGACACCAAGAUUCUGAAAGGCACAGUCAUGGUGACGAAGUUCCCUUGUGUCCAUCCGGGUGACGUCCGCAAAUUUACUGCUGUUGAUGUCCCACAGUUGCACCAUAUCAUCGAUUGUAUUGUUUUCCCACAGAAUGGUCCUAGACCACAUCCGGAUGAAAUGGCUGGUUCUGAUUUAGAUGGCGAUGAAUAUUGUGUCGUUUGGAUGCCUGAAUUGAUCUUUGCUAAAGAAAACGAUGUGCCCGCCAAUUACCCAAAACCUGAUUCUCAAAACUUCCAAAACGUUUCCGAUUUCCUGUCCUAUUCUAGAACGGAAGAAAUAGCCGAUUUCAUUGUUGAUUACAUAAAGAAUGAUACUAUUUCAUCCAUCGCCACUGCACACUUGGCUCAAUCUGAUCAGUUGAACAUACACCAUCCACUUUGUCUCGGAAUAGCAAGGAAACAUGCUGUAGCCGUGGAUUUUCCGAAAACGGGAGUUUCCGAAAGACUUACUUGGCGAGAAAAUCCGCGGAAGUAUCCGGAUUUCAUGGAAAGAUUUUGGAAAACAAGGUACAAGUCAAAGAAGUCACUUGGAAAAAUGUACAGAGUUAGCCGGGAUUUUGAAACAGAUAAUCAAGCUACUAUUUUGCAAUACCAUAACGUUGAGCUGGAUCCUUCUCUUGUUGUUGAUGGAUGGCAGAAGUUCGAACAAUCCGCUCUGGCUGCCCGAAACGAAUACAACAACACCUUAAGAACGAUUCUACAAACUUACGGAGUUAGUCACGAAACCGAAGCAUUCGGUGGUUCAUUUAUCAAACUUCACGCGAGAUUUCGCGAGAGAAGGGAUCGAGCUGAAAUUGUCGACGUCAUUCACAAGUGGCUGAUUGAAUUGGUCGAGAGAACGCGGAAACGGUUUUUUGAAGGCGCACCUGCUUCAGCACUUACUAACGACAUCGUCUCGGACAUCAAAAAGAAAGCAUCUGCAUGGUACGUUGUUACUUAUCGGGAAAGCGAUCCUGAGUUUUUGAGUUUCCCCUGGGUUGUCGCCGACAUUUUAAAAAACAUUAGCAUUCUGAAACCUAAAAUAACUGAUGAAACAGCAUCUGUUGCACCGUUUGUGCUUAAACUGGAGGAACUAAUCCUUGAAAAUGCUCAUUAUGGAAUGUUGCCUAGGCUACAUUCCGACGUUGAGUUUUUACUGAGAAAUAUGUAUUUCUCCUGCAAUAGAUCAAUUGUUGAAAGAGCUAUCAGUGUUUUGAGCAAAUGGGCUGAGGAAGAACGACUCAUUUCCACUGUACAUGCCAAGGGAAGAUUUUUAUAUUACAAAACGUUUCUCAAGUUGAUUUUGUACAUUGCUGAAUCUGAAGGGUAUGCAUCUAAAAGUCCUGGUUUACCGCUGAAAAGGCACGCCUCGUCUGCUGAAUUAUGCAUAGCAUUCUUCAAAUACUGUAUGAAACUUAGAUUUCUUAGUAAAGCAGAGAUGAAAAAUAUUUUACCUUUUGAUGUCUAUAACGAUCGAUGGUUAGCUAAGAUCGCUUUAAUUGCGUUUCAUAGUAUAGCCGUCACUGGCGUUUUUCCAACUCUCUGUAACCGUGAGUUCAUGAAUGAUGCUCCUGAGUUGGUGGAUAUGAAAGUCGUGUCGAUCGACAGUUCAGUGUUUGGCGCCUCUCCGAUUGAAGAAAGCAAGUUAAGAAAUGCUGAGUCGGUUCUUCAGAAGUUUUCAGAGGUUGAGCAGGUGACGAUGAGAGAGAAUUGUCAAAGAAAGAAGGUUAUAGUUGACGCAUAUGGGACAGUACCGGCUAUUAGAAGACUCAGAAGUGUUUUAAGAAAAGAAACAACAAUUUUAGAAGACUUUUUUGAAACAGGAGAGUUGCCGCAGAAUUUUGAAUUUUGAUUCAAGUAAUCAUAUCACUGUGGGCUGAAUUUUUAAAAAAUGCCUCUUUUUCAACGCCAAAGUUUUAUUUUUUCGAACAAUUUUUAAAAGAUAGUGUCAGUUUACACAUACAGUGAUAUUUAUUCUUCAUUUCUAAAUAAGGGCUGUAAAAUAGGUGCUUCUUAAAGAAACAGUCGUAUACCCACACACAAACUGCAAGACAUCUAUUAGGUGCUUGCAUGUAUUUUGAUCAUUUUUUUUUUCACUUUAAAAAGGCAUUUAUUGAGAAAAAUUGGUACAAUAUAUAUCAAUCAAAAUAUUUUCCAUCAUUGUCUACAACAUUUUCCCAUUUUCUUCCAAUAAGUCUUGCAAUUGAUUGUCUUCGAUUUUUUUUUUCCCAGGCUGUUUUUUUUUCUCCGUUUUUGGCAUCGAAAUCACCACUCUUAAAUCGUUGAAACCAAAACCGAACAUUGGGAUAUGAUGGAGCAUCAUCAUCAUAAGUUUCUAAAAGUGUCCGAUGGACUUCGGUUGCAGAUUUCUUCAAAUCAAACAUAAAAAGCAAUUAAUGUCAAUCUGGAGCAUUACUUGACUGAAGUCUUUAUACACCGAAUCUCAAUAAUACUAAAUGGAAAACUUUCAAAAUGAUAACAAUAAAGUAAUAGAAAAUUGGUAAAACCCAAAACCAUUGUCGUUUAUAUAGAUACUUCCCAUAUUUACCAAUAGAUGUCGCUGAUAAAAAUACAUGCAAACACCUUAUAGGAGUGUUUUUGCUAUGAAGUUUCAUUUACAUAAAAGAACAAAGUUACUUAUGCAAUAAUCAUCAUCCAACAGUUCAUAUCUUCUAGGAUCAAUAAUAUUACUGACAUGUAAUUUCUCUUUAUGGAAAAAUCCCAAAAGUCGACGAUCCGUUGCUAGGAACUGCAAAGGCAGCUAAAGCAAUUAUUUCACUAGUAAAAUUAUUACAGAAGUUUGUCAAGGCAAAUAUAAACUAUUGUUACUUUAAUAAAAUUGUGGCGAGGAGAUGUAUUGCCAUUUGCAAAUUUUUCAUGUGAUAAAAAAUAGUUAUUUUCAAUAGCUAUGAAGUCAAAGAUAGAUUUUUAAUUUUGUCAUUAAAAUUGUUACGAAUAAAUGUUAAACUGUUUGCAAAGUAUUAUUUGAAUUUAAAAUCUGUCAUGAAAUUUAAUUUCUUAAAAAAAUUAUUAGAAUAGUCUUCUACUUUUCUUUAAUACUUGUUUGCUUUUGUUGCUGCAUUUUUAUUCGAUGGGAAAAGCAGUUUAUAACAAUUUAUGGAGCAAACGAUGAAAUUUCUCAUAUUUGGAAGUGAAUGAUUUAUUUGUAUAAAGCUCUUAAUUUUAUACAUUAAUUUUUUUUAAUGAUAUAAUUUAUUAAAAUUGUGUAUUGGCUAUAUGCAUGAUUGUCGUAUUGUGUGUAAACUCUUCCACAAUUAAUGAUCCAUCAUUUUAAUUAUUUCUAUCAGUUCCUAGAAUAUUUUUAAUUAUUUCAAUUUUUAUUUUAC